AUGGAAGAAACACUAUACCAUAUAAACCUAAAUUUAUAACAUAUUUACAUAUAAAUUUAUAACAUAUUUACAUAUAAACUUAUUAUUAUUAAUCAUAAUUCAUUCGUAUAAAUCACCUGAUUCAUCUACUUCAGAAUCAAGUAUAAAAUCUAAGAACCUAAAAGAGCAAUUAGAAGAGAUGCCAGCGUUAAAAAUCUACUUAAAAAAUCUCCAAAAAAAAUGUAAAUUACUACUUCAAGACAGAACCCUAAAAAAAAUUGAAAUUGAAAGUCUCAAACUUGAAAAUAAAAAAAUUAGUGACAGCUUAGCAAUAUCAACUUUAAAACUUGAAAAAUUAGAAAUUAUUAAUGCUGAAAUGAGUAAAAGAAUUCAAAAACUUGAACAGGAUAUUUCUUUAAACCAAGCAGAAAUAAUUGAAACCAAUCAAAUUACUGAAAUAAACAAAGCAAAACCAGAAGUGAAUAUUGAAGAGAAAAUCUACUUAUUUGAAUCAGAGCUAGAGCUAUUAAAUUCUUUUUUGACAAUUUCUGCAUCUCAGCCUUCACAACUUGCUUUAGAAAUCAAAAAAAUAAAUUUUGAGCUCCAUGAGAUAAAUAAAAAAAUCAAAGAAUUAAAUGAGAUAAUUGUGGCUUCUCCUAGGUUUGAGCUUGAAUUAGAAAAUAAAAAUGAUGAGAUUGUUGAAAAUUUCGAUUGUAAUUCAAAUCGAGGAGAGGAUUUCAUAAUUAAUGAAGUAGCGAAAUGAAACAUAGAAAAUAAUUCAUUAAAAAUGGUGAGGAGAACCAAUUAACACUCUUAAAUCUUAUAGCUCGCACCUCGAGAAUCGAGAAGGGAGGAUGGCGUUCAGGAAUGUGUAUGGCCAGGUUUUAUCUAGUUUGAUGCAGCGCAUUAUCGGGUUAGCCGACCCAAUGCUUUAUUCCAAAUCAAGGGUUUUCUAAAUGAGAAUGGUUUGUAAAUUUAAAGGGGCUUCUAGAAGCAGAGCCAGCGGUAUAUUUCCUGGUUAAUUGGGACGAUUUUCCAGUUUGAAACCAGGAGUUACAUCUUGAACUUCGGAUUUACAUUUUUGCCUAGAGUCGACCAAAUAUAAAACCAUUUGUAUUUUUCAUGGUGGAAUCUUUGCUGGUGGUGCAACUCUUAUAGCUUGCGAGUAGUGAGUGCAGACCUCGUCUGUGGGAACAACUGACGUAAGAUCAUGUACAAAUUGAUGAGCAAGCGGGAAGCCUUAUAAAUAGAGGCAAUCCUUCAGGGAUUACAGUGGGCUUUUCAAUAUUUUUUAAUAGAUAAAAUGCAUAGAAAAUGAAAAUAAAGAGCAAAAUAUUAAAAAUAAUGAAGAAAUUUUAGUAUUAAAAGACUUGAUUAGAAAUUUACAAAAAGAAAAUCAGCUUGUGAAAGCAAAAGAAGAGGCCUAUCUAAGAGAAAUUUUAAAUUUAAAAAAUGAGAUUGCAAUAGAGAAGCGAGGAACUUUCAUCAAAGAUUCAAAAUAUCAAGAAGAUAUUUCAGGAGUCAAGGCUGAGUUAGCACGAAGGAAUCAAUUUUGUGAAAAUUUAUAUAAAGAGCUCUGCACAAUCAGAGGGAAUAAUAAAAGAUUGAAUUUAAAAUUGGCAAUUGAGAAAAAUCUAGAAUUAAGUGUCCCAAAAACAAUUGAUAAUCAAGAUUUAGUUGACAAGAUAUCGAAACUUACUCAAGAGCUAUCUCAGAAGUCAACUGAGCUAGAAGGCUACUUGUCUUUAUCACCAUUUUAUGUAAAUCCUGAUAAUAAGUAUAAAAAACAAGAGGAAUUAGUUGAGCACCUCCUUCAACAAAAUACAGGGCUUAAAGGAGAUAAAAUGUUAUUAGAAGAUGAAAUAGCUCGUCUAAAAAUACUUGACCGAAAAUCAAAAAUUUUCUUAGUCUAUUCAUUUAUGUUUAUUAAAAUAUUGCAAAAUUAUAAAAUAUAAUAAUGAUUUGUCUAUAUAGUUUAAAAGUAAAAUUUAAAAAAUUAAUUAUUUCUUUCUUAUAUAGAACUCGGCAUCCUUUUGGCUUGGGCUAUCCGAUGUCUCCUGACGUCAAUCGGGGAUUAGUUCUACCAACAUUUGCUGGUAAAACCAACUCCCAGAUGACAAAAUUUCCAAUAAUAAAUAGACUUGCGAUCUGGGGGGUUGGCUUGCAAAAAAUGUUUGGUAGAGCCAUUCCCUAUUCCGAUUUCGGGAGACAUCGGGAUAGCUCAACCCAAAUGGAGGCUGGAACUAUAUAUCUUAAAAAGAAAUAUUGCUUAUUUCAUUAUUAAUUAAAAAUGAUAAUAAACCAUUAACAAUGGCGAAGAAUUUAGAAAAAAAUAUCAAAAUUUAGAAAAAGAUAAAGAAGUUCUUGAAAAGAAAAACCACGAACUUAUGCAUGAGCUUGAAAAUUCAUUAAGAGACACUCUAGAAAAUGGAUCUAAAUCUGAUAGAAGCACAGGAGAUUCAGCUACUAUCAAUCAAGAUCAAUUAACGCGAUAUAAGCUCCUGCUCAAAGUCACAGAAGAAGAAAUUUCCUCUCUCAGAGAAAAAAACUCAAAUCUUGACUUAGAGCUUUCUCAAUUAAAAAAAGGCCCAGCAACCCACGAAGACCAUGCUUUUUCUCUCAAUGAAGCUGAAGAUUCAAAAGAAAACACUAAAAUUUUAAAAGACCUUUUAGGCCAGCUUACAGCUGAAAACCAUGAAAAAACCCAAAUAAUAAUUAAUCUAAAAAUAGAAAAAGAAAGAGCAGAGGCAAAUUACAGAAAAGAAAAGUCAAAAAUCGCCACACUGAAGCAAAAACUUCAAGCAGCAGACACAAAUUCAAUGGUCGUUGUAAGGCAGCAAGCAUUUUCUCAAAUUGGUUCACCAAUUUCAGAAGCUUGUACUAUGCUUUUAAGCUUAAAAGCCGAUAACGUCAAUUGGGUGCUACUAAAAUAUCACGAUAAAUCAUACGAAUGGAAAGUUGGUGACGAGGUUUCUAUAUCAAAAUCCUGAAAAGAUGAACUUAUCGAUUUCGAUGAGCUUAAAGCUACAUUAGUAGACCUUUCAGUUAUCAGCCAUUCAAAAUCGAUUCCUUCACUCAAAGAUACUGAAUAUCGAAAUUCUUUAAAUAUCAUUGUCACAGACAAUACUUCUAGAGAGCAUAAACAUAGCACAUCUGAAUUUCAAUUGCCGAUUGAGACUUCUUUAUCAAGAAGAGACUCAUUGGUAUCUAGGAAUUCUUUGCAUGUAAUUGAUAGUGAAAUUUUAAGUGAACGUAGAAAAUCAGAAUCACCGUAUCCGAAUAUUGAAACACUGGAAAAUAGGUCAAAUGAAAGCUCGUAUUCGAGGUAUUCUUUGGACUCUAAAAAGUUUUUUGAAGAAAAUGAAGAAAAAUUGGCUGAGAAAAAGUCAAUUAUAAAGCUGCAUAAAGAGCAAAUUAGCUUAUUAAAACAGCAACUAAGAGAAGCAGAAGAAAAAAUCAAAAUUGCUUCAGCAUUGGAUUUUGGGUAUAUAAAAUCGCUGUUUAAUAAUUUAAUAAGGCAUAUUCCUGAACUUGAUACUGAGCCUGAAAAAAUUGUAGCUAUGCUUAUGAAGAUGUUGGGAUUCACAGUGACUGAAAUUCAAAAGUUGGCUGAGGAAAGGAAAAUGAAAAAGAAAAAAAGUGGAAAAAAAUAA